AUGAUCCACCGCGAAGUAGCCGAUGGUCUAGAGCGUCUUUGGAACGUAAGAGUAAACUGCAUAUGGGAAGCCGAUGAAAGUAGUCGCCAUGGAGAGGUUUAUAUAUUCGACCAUGUAUUUAAGCAGGAAUGUACAAAUUCAGAUGUAUAUGGAUCUGUAGUAAAACCUUUAGUCGAUUCCUUCAUGGAAGGUUUCAAUGCCACAAUAUUUGCAUAUGGCCAAACAUCUUCUGGCAAAACACACACCAUUUUGGGCAAUAAAACAGAUCCUGGGCUUUUCCAAUUAGUAUCCAAUCAGUUAUUCCAGCAUGUGGCAGACCAGGUUGAUAAGAGGUACUUGAUUAGAUGCAGUUAUAUUGAAAUCUACAAUGAAAAGAUCAAUGACCUCCUGGAUAAGAGCAAUCAGGGUUUAACUAUAAGAGAAGAUAUCAAAGGAAAUGUGCUGCUUGAUGCAAGGGAAGCUGUCGUAGACAAUGUUGAUAAAGUUAUGGAGAACAUGAUGCAGGGCAAUAAGAUCAGACGAGUUGCAACUACUCGCAUGAAUGAGAGGUCAUCUCGAUCACACACGAUUUUCCGGAUUAUUCUGGAGUCGAAAGAUGCCAAUCAGAAAGAUGGACCUGUACAUAUAAGCUACCUUAACUUAAUGGACUUAGCUGGUUCUGAGAGAGUUUCUCUGACGAAAGCUGCUGGUGAGCGUCUUAAAGAGGGGGCUAACAUAAACAAAUCUUUGUCAGUAUUAGGAAAUGUGAUAAGGCAACUAAGCGAGGGGAAGGAGUUUAUCAGUUAUCGCGAUUCGAAAUUGACUAGACUGCUCUCACAGGCUCUUGGCGGAAAUGUGCUGCUUGAUGCAAGGGAAGCUGUCGUAGACAAUGUUGAUAAAGUUAUGGAGAACAUGAUGCAGGGCAAUAAGAUCAGACGAGUUGCAGCUACUCGCAUGAAUGAGAGGUCAUCUCGAUCACACACGAUUUUCCGGAUUAUUCUGGAGUCGAAAGAUGCCAAUCAGAAAGAUGGACCUGUACAUAUAAGCUACCUUAACUUAAUGGACUUAGCUGGUUCUGAGAGAGUUUCUCUGACGAAAGCUGCUGGUGAGCGUCUUAAAGAGGGGGCUAACAUAAACAAAUCUUUGUCAGUAUUAGGAAAUGUGAUAAGGCAACUAAGCGAGGGGAAGGAGUUUAUCAGUUAUCGCGAUUCGAAAUUGACUAGACUGCUCUCACAGGCUCUUGGCGAUGUAUAUGGAUCUGUAGUAAAACCUUUAGUCGAUUCCUUCAUGGAUGGUUUCAAUGCCACAAUAUUUGCAUAUGGCCAAACAUCUUCUGGCAAAACACACACCAUUUUGGGCAAUAAAACAGAUCCUGGGCUUUUCCAAUUAGUAUCCAAUCAGUUAUUCCAGCAUGUGGCAGACCAGGUUGAUAAGAGGUACUUGAUUAGAUGCAGUUAUAUUGAAAUCUACAAUGAAAAGAUCAAUGACCUCCUGGAUAAGAGCAAUCAGGGUUUAACUAUAAGAGAAGAUAUCAAAGGAAAUGUGCUGCUUGAUGCAAGGGAAGCUGUCGUAGACAAUGUUGAUUAA